UCCGUCGCGGGAGCCGACGUGUCUCGUUCCUCGUCCGUAGGAGCCACACCGGGGGGCUAAUGCUAUCCUUCCUUCCAAGUUCCAACUAAACAGAAGCGACGCAGCAAGGCACAGCUGGGCCGCCGACAAUGGCGAUGGCGGCGCGGGCGGCGUACCUGGCGGCGACGCGCGCGGCGCUGGCGGCGCUGGAGCGCAACGCCCUCCCCGACGCGGUCACCCGGCGCCUGACGCGGCUGCUGCUCGCGCAGCGCCUCCGCCUCGGCUACCUCCCCUCCUCCUCCUCCUCCGCGCCGCUCCACCUCCACCACCUCCUCCUCUUCGCCCACGCUCUAGAAGAGAUGCCCAUCGCAAUCGAGACGGAGAAAGCUAAAGACCAGCACUACGAGUUGCCCACGACAUUUUUCAAGCUGGUUCUUGGAAGGAAUCUCAAGUACAGCUCAUGUUACUUCCCUGACGAAUCGAGCACCCUUGAAGAUGCCGAGGUUGCAAUGCUGGAGCUAUAUUGUGAGAGGGCACAAUUACAGGAUGGCCAAACCAUUCUUGAUGUCGGGUGUGGUUGGGGAUCCCUUUCUCUGUACAUAGCGAAGAAAUAUAGCAAGUGUAGUAUAACAGGGAUUUGCAACUCGACAACACAGAAGGCUUUUAUAGAAGAGCAGUGUAGGGAAAAUGAACUAUCAAAUGUCGAGAUAAUUGUGGCAGACAUCAGCAAGUUUGAGAUGGAGCGAUCUUUUGACAGGAUCAUUUCCAUAGAAAUGUUUGAGCACAUGAAAAACUAUAAGGCACUUCUUAAGAAGUUAUCCAGAUGGAUGAAAGAGGACAGCUUAUUGUUUGUUCACUACUUCUGCCACAAAACAUUUGCAUACCACUUUGAGGACAACAAUGAAGAUGAUUGGAUAACAAGGUAUUUCUUCACUGGAGGAACAAUGCCAUCAGCAAACCUCCUCCUUUACUUUCAGGACGAUGUAUCUAUUGCCAAUCAUUGGCUUGUCAGUGGCACGCAUUAUGCCAGAACUAGCGAGGAGUGGCUGAAACGUAUGGACAAAAACAUCACGUCCAUAAGGCCAAUAUUUGAGAAAACUUACGGGAAGGAAUCAGCUACCAAAUGGAUAGCUUACUGGCGCACGUUCUUCAUCUCAGUCGCCGAGCUUUUUGGAUACAACAAUGGCGAUGAGUGGAUGGUUGCGCAUUUCUUGUUCCGGAAGAAGUAGAAGUCACCCCUGGAGCCAAGUACUCCCUCCAUCCCAUAAAAAACCAACCUGGUAUUGGAGGUGAUAUUCCCUAGUAUAACGAAUCUAGGCAACCUUCUGUUCAGAUUCGUUGUAUUAGGAAAUAUCACCUCCAAUAGUAGGUUGAUUUUUUGUGGGACGAAGGGAGUAAUUCAGAAGCAUUCAAUCCCUUUUCAGACCUCACUUGAUGAUUCAGGAAUCGUGCUUUGCAUGACCUCUAUGAACAUUUUCAUUUUUAUUGCGUUAAAUUGCAAGUAGUGAGAUGCUUUGCUGUGUUGUUUCGUUUCCAAUAAACUGUAGUUCUUUUCCUUCAUUUUUUUUUGUCAAUGUUGAUGGUUUUCCUGAGUGAACAAGGAUAUAGAUCGUUGUGAUUUACGGAUUUUGUCAGAUCGUGCCGACACCUUGGACACUGACUACUUCAGGGUUACAGCAAGAGAAUCUUUGCUUUCCAUGUACCCCUACGAACAUUUCAUUUUCUUGCAUUCAAUUUGUAGGGAUCUUGCUUUCUA